GUCCCCAACGGGCAGACGAAAGUGAGAGAAAAAGAAAAGAAAAAAGCUUUCCCUUUUACCAAACAAAACAAACGUUAAAAAGCAGACAAAGAUCGGAUUCCGAAUUUUCCCAUUUGGAAUUCCUCACACUUUGCUCUUAUCUCCCUCCAAUCUUACUUCAGUUUUUCAAUACCUGAUUUUUGUUGGGUCUUCUAGAUUCAAGCCUAGAAAUCUCACUUUCUUCUCUCUCUGGUGGACAUUUCUCAUGGUAUUUUGGCUUUAUUGUGAAUAGCUGAGUGGCUAUAAUGUGGGUUUGCUGCCUUUAGCAGCUAUCAUCAUAAGUAACUGAUAACCAGCAUAGAUCGGCUUGAUCGUGACUGCAAAAAAAGUUGCAUAUCUAGACAGUUUAAAGGACCUCUCUUUUUUGUUCAAUUUUUCUGGUGUAUAUUUUGGGGCAUGUUAGCUUUUGAGAGGUACCCAUAUAGAUAUGGAGGGUGAUUUGUUCUUUUCUGACUUGUUUGUUUGUUUGCGUUUUAUGUUAUCUUAGAAAUUUUGUUGCUUGGUGAGGUAUGGUAGUUUCAUAAGAUCAUUGAUUUGUGGUAAGAGAGGAAACCUUUGUGGGUUCCUUAUUUUUUCCUCUUCUCCAAAUUUCGGUUGCGUUUUGAGUUUUGGAGAGAGAAACCCAUCUGGCUGUUGUGGAUAUCCGGGAUUUGUUGCAUCUCUUAUGCCCCAUGAGGACUUUCUUUCCCUCUGAUUCAUGUAAAGAAUCACAGCUUAAUGCUCUCAAUCCACAGUCUUGGCUCCAAGUUGAAAGAGGGAAAAUUUCCAAAUUCUCAUCUCAGUGCUCAUCAUCUUCGUCCAUAGUGUCUUUUAUCAAGGUUCCUGAGCCACCGAUAUUACCAUUCUUUAAGCCUGUUGAUUAUGUAGAAGUUCUAGCCCAAAUUCAUGAAGAACUUGAGUCUUGUUCUCUGCAAGAGAAGUCAAAUUUAUAUUUAUUACAAUAUCAGAUCUUCAGGGGUCUUGGGGAAGCAAAACUGAUGCGGAAAAGCCUCCGCUCAGCUUGGCAGAAUGCAAUCUCCAUCCAUGAGAAGCUUGUAUUUGGGGCAUGGUUGAAGUAUGAGAAGCAAGGGGAAGAGCUUAUUGCUGAUCUACUAGCCACUUUUAACAAACGUGCUGAAGAGUUUGGGCCUAUAGAUGUUUCUAAGCUUGCAGUUGAUAUAGAUGUCAAUUCCCAGGAGACUGUUUUGAUGAAUGGGAGCCAUAUUCUGAGAAAUGUGAACUUUAUGAUUGGAGAGGAGAAAAUAAUAUGUGAUAGGCAGCAGAUUGCUGGUCUUUCUGCUCCUUUUCAUGCUAUGCUGAAUGGAUCCUUCAGAGAAUCAUUUUGUGAGGACAUAGAUUUAUCGGAAAACAAUAUUUCUGCUUCAGGUAUGAGGGCAAUAAGAGAGUUCAGUGCAACUGGUAGUUUGAUUGAUGUGCCUCCUAACCUUUUGCUGGAAAUACUGGUUUUUGCAAACAAGUUUUGUUGUGAAAGACUCGAAGAUGCAUGUGAUAGAAAACUUGCAUCUCUGGUGUCCUGUAGAGAAAAUGCUGUGCAGCUCAUGGAGUAUGCUAUUGCAGAGAACUCCCCUAUCCUUGCUGCAUCAUGCUUGCAAGUUUUUCUACGUGAAUUGCCAGAUUGUUUGGAUGAUGAACGGGUGGUGGAUAUAUUUAUAAAUGCUGAUGGACAACAGAGGUCAAUCAUGGCUGGAAAGGACUCAUUUUCACUUUAUUGUUUACUAAGUGAAGUAGCUAUGAACCUCAAUCCUCAAUCUGAUAAAACAGCUUCUUUUCUGGAACAAUUGAGAGAGUCUGCUGAAACUGACUGGCAGAGACUGUUGGCUUUUCAUCGAUUGGGAUGUGUGAGGCUUCUGAGGAAAGAAUAUGAUGAAGCUGAACGUCUUUUUGAGGCAGCUUUAAAUUUAGGUCAUCUCUACUCUGUUGCAGGUUUGGCUAGACUGGGUUACAUUAAGGGUCAUAAGCUUUUGUCUUAUGAAAAACUCAGCUCUGUGAUUUCUUCUGUAAAUCCACUUGGAUGGAUGUAUCAAGAAAGAUCAUUAUACUGUGAAGGUGACAAGAGGUGGGAAGACCUUGAUAAAGCAACAGAGUUGGAUCCCACUCUUACUUAUCCCCACAUGUAUCGGGGUGCUUCCCUGAUGAAGAAACAGAAUGUUGAAGCUGCACUGACAGAGAUAAACAGGAUUCUUGGAUUUAAACUAGCAUUAGAAUGCUUAGAACUUCGUUUUUGCUUCUAUUUGGCUAUUGAAAAUUACAAAGCAGCCAUUAGUGAUGUUCAGGCUAUUCUUACUCUCUCUCCAGAUUACAGGAUGUUUGAGGGAAGGGUGGCAGCAUCCCAGCUCCAUACUCUUGUGCGUGAGCAUGUUAACGAUUGGACAACAGCAGAUUGCUGGCUGCAAUUGUAUGAUCGAUGGUCUUCUGUUGAUGAUAUUGGUUCACUCUCUGUGAUCUACCAGAUGCUUGAAUCUGAGGCAGCAAAAGGUGUUUUAUACUUCAGGCAAUCGUUACUUCUCCUCAGGUUGAACUGCCCUGAUGCUGCUAUGCGAAGUUUGCAAUUAGCUUGUAAACAUGCUUCCAGUGAUCACGAACGUCUGGUUUAUGAGGGAUGGAUAUUGUAUGAUACUGGUCACUGUGAUGAAGGUCUUCAGAAAGCAGAGGAGUCUAUAAAAAUUAAUAGAUCCUUUGAGGCCUUCUUUCUUAAAGCCUACGCAUUGGCUGACUCCAGCCAAGAUCCAUCUUGUUCUUCGACUGUUGUUUCUUUGCUUGAAAAUGCCUUGAAAUGCCCGUCAGACAGGCUGCGGAAAGGUCAGGCACUUAACAAUCUUGGAAGUGUGUAUGUCGAUUGUGGGAUGUUAGACUUGGCUGCCGAUUGUUACAUUAAGGCUCUAGAAAUCCAGCAUGCACGGGCCCACCAAGGCCUUGCUCGGGUCCACUUUCUCAGAAAUGAUAAGGCUGCUGCUUAUGAAGAAAUGACCAAACUAAUUGAAAAGGCUAAGAAUAAUGCUUCUGCCUAUGAGAAGAGAUCUGAGUAUUGUGAUCGUGACCUCACAAAGGCCAAUCUGGAGAUGGUCACUCGAUUAGAUCCACUUCGGGUGUAUCCUUACAGAUAUCGAGCAGCAGUGUUGAUGGACAGCCAGAAGGAGAAGGAAGCCAUUGCGGAACUAUCAAGAGCAAUUGCAUUCAAAGCAGACCGUCACCUGCUGCACUUGCGAGCUGCAUUCCACGACUAUACAGGUGAUCGCAUGGGUGCCCUCCGGGAUUGUCGAGCUGCUAUCUCGGUUGACCCAACUCAUCGAGAAAUGGAGCUACAUAGCCGUGUAAACAGUUAUGAAUUCUUGAAUCCCUAGGAAGUGGGAAAAAAAUGUAAAAAGAAAAAAAUUAUGGGAAAAAGGAAAAAUUGUAACUUGUAAGAAUGGAAAAAAGGACAUAAGGUUGAAUUUAUUAUUACUGUGUAUAUAGGUGAUCCCCUGCAUGUACCGUUCCAUACCCCAAUUUUCA